CUGGGAUUUUAGGUGCUGCUUUGUACACAUGUUUAUCUUUUUGUGACUAUUUUGCCUGAUGGAGGGGACGGCCACUCCUCCAGUAAAUGUUUUCAUUUUACACUCCUUUACCCUGUUCCCCUUUCUACAGUUGCAAUGUGAUGCUUCAGUAGAGCAAGGCUUUGCAAAUUUGGCUCAAUGAGACACAGAGCAAACAGCUUUUCAGAGAGCUUCGACUCAGCUGUCAGAAGGGGCAGUUUGGUCUCAGUGCAAGCAGUACUCACAUUCCAAACUGCAUUAGAGAAAAGCUGCUGGGUUUUUAUGCAUUUUUAUUAUCAGUUCCAGAUUAGAAAUCGGAUGCUAAUUUUUUCUUAAAGCCUGUGUUUGGAGUAGAGCUUAUUUUCUAAAACAAAACCAGGAUUGUGAUGUUUUUCUCCCACUAGCUUGCUCUUUUUUUUGGUUUGCUUUUUUUCCUCUUCCUGGCUUUACUCCAAGGACCUUUUCUGCUUUUUGUUACACUCUCAAGAUGAAGCACUGGAUGGUUACAGCAGUGCUGGUAGCACUGGUACAGGUUUCUCAGAGUUUCCCUGCCUUAUACCACCGAGGGUGGUGGAGGCUGUUAAGGGAAGGAGAUAGUUGUGGAAAAUGUGAUUUGGCGUUCUGCUCUGAGCCUAAGGACUGUCCAGCCGGGACUGUGCUGGAUCGCUGUGGCUGCUGCCUGGAAUGUGGGAAUGUGGAAGGUCAGAUCUGCGACUUGGACCAGGGCAAUCAUUUUUAUGGGCAAUGUGGGGAUCACCUUGAGUGCAGGUUGGAUGCUGAUGAAGCAAGGUUUGGGGAAGUCCCUGAACCCCAGUGUGUGUGCAAAUCUCAGGAGAGCAUCUGUGGACCUGAAGGGAAAACCUAUGAAAACAUCUGUCAAUUCAACAAGGCUUAUGCUGGGAAAAGAAACAUCAGCAUGAAACAUAAAGGGCCAUGUGAAUCAGCUCCUGUUAUUUCUAUGCCACCUCAGGAUGCCCAGAAUUACACUGGCAAUGAUGUCAUUUUUGGCUGUGAGGUGUCAGCCUAUCCUAUGCCACAGCUUGAAUGGAAAAAAAAGGGGAAUAAAAUGUUUCUGCCAGGAGAUGACACCCACGUCUCAGUUCAGGAAAGAGGUGGGCCUCAGAAGUAUGGUGUGACAGGCUGGCUGCAGAUUCAAGGCCUCAAAAAAUCAGAUGAAGGCAUUUACAUCUGCCACACCAAAAAUAAGUAUGGUGCAACAUAUGCCUCUGCAAGACUGAAAGUCAUUGAUGACCCAUCUCCUGCAUUUGCAUUUACUGCUGGCAGCAGAAGCGCAAGCUACAGCAUUGAAUAUGAGGAGUAUUAUGACAAUUCUGAUGAGGAAGAUGAUGAAGAAUAUGAGUCUGGGGACUACGAUAAUGAAAACAAUUCUGAAUAAUAGUUUUUAUACAUCUAUUGUCCAAAUCCUUUCACACCGUUAUAUUUACCAGUAGUCUCUGUUCUGUAAAUGGCUCCUCUGAUAACACACACACUCACUUGUGUAUCCCCCUUCCUGAAAUGCAGCUUUGGAUGAAGUACACCAUGCUACUUACCAGAAAUAAGAACAGUUGUAACACCAUAUAUUUAGACUAUUAAAUAAAAUUCCUCAACAUGCACCUUUCUAGUAAGUAUGCCAAAGGGAUCAAAUUUUAUAUUAAUUUUUAACUUACCUUAUAAUUUCUUUCACACAUUCUAAUUUGUCUACAAAAAAUGUCAAUAGUUCAACAAAACUUUUACUUUGAAUCAAUUUUCUUUUUGUCUGUAAAGUACUGAGAAAUAUCAAGAGAUUUUUCACAUGGCAACAAGCCUAAGUAAGUAUGGAGGUUGCAACAUAGUCUUUAAUCUCUUUAGUUCAUGUUUUCUCAUAAGUUUCAGCAGGAUUUUUCUUCUCAUUUGAAAUUUUCCAUGGUGAGUCUCAUCAAAAGUGAAUUAUCUGUCUUUUGGAGGAUGAUUUUGUUUACUUUUAAUAGAUACAUGAAGCAAUCACGGUCUAAAGCCAGUAAGUGCUGCUUUACUGUCAAUACUCAAAAAUAGCCAGAAGAGAUUCUUUGUGCGUUCAAACAUUUGAGCACAUCUUGGACUCCUUCUUCUAACAGCUCCUGCAUUACUCCUCACAGCGCUGGCUCCUUCCCACCAGCCUGGGAGUGGUUCAGGGUUUGGGAUCAUAAUUUUCCCCCUGAAUGGGAUGCUGGUUGGUGGGCAUUUCUGCAGUUUAAAGGCGGCAGCUGCUCUGUAACUCAGUGCAUGCCCUUCAAACACACAGAGAUUGCACUCCAGAGCCAGGAUCUAUCCUUUGUCUGGGGCUGUGCACGAGCUGUCCCUAUCCCCAACCCAUCAGCAGUGCCAAGCUGCUGAAAGGGCAGAAAACCACCAGAACACAUGCACCUUGUGCAAACUGAUCCAUGAACCAGACAGCAAAGGAGAUGGAGCCAAAAACACACUUCCAAGGGUUGAGUGAGCACCCUGAGAAAUUUCUCCAAUUGCUUUUGUUAACUAAUUACAUGAAGGCUGGCUCGGCAUUAAUGGGAAAUGGAAAACACCAACCCUCCUGCACUUACACCUCUGUUCCCAUUGGCUGAGGACAGAUGAAUAGCAGUAAAAUACUGAACGACAUUAGGGACUAAGGAAGCAGAAGUUCAGGCAUCUGCAGGGAAAGCCUUCGUGUCCUCAGCCUCCUUGGGCCAAGGCACAGGCCCAGGCAGUGGUCCCUGCACACACCAAGGUGGCUGUGAGCUGAGUUCCUGGUGACAGGGAAGCUUUACGGGCAAUUUUACUGUACCCAUACACACACUGUGUAGAAUUUUUAAUGCGUAUACAGUACAUCACAAAUUCUUCUUUUAAUGUGCUAUUUGUGCCUUUUUUUGCUAUUAGAAAGAUUUUUCUUUUCAAUUUGAAUUACAUUAAGAAAUUGGCUAUAGACUGUGUUUGCCCUGAGGUAUUAUUGACCUCUGUCCAGCAAACAACCAAAGAAUAAUUUAUUUCAUUUCAGGCUUCAUGGGGUAUUGUCAGCUUCUGAGAAGAAAGUGUGUCAUUGUGUUAUUGAAAAUGAUUAAUUAGUUUUAAUUAGGAAUAGGAAAUGGCUUCAUUUUUAACUACUGGUUUUGUUUGUAUGGACUCUUCCUGGUCUUCUUAGUGAUGUGUUAAUAACCUUUUUUGCUUAUCCACUAUAUAUUAAAUUAAACAUAAAAUUAUCUGAUAGAAAUCACUGAUUAUUUUUUAUGGAACUAUUUAAUAUGCAGACCUAUACUCAAGAUCAAUUGUGAUCUGCAUAGCAAAUUAAUGAAUUAGAUUACUAAAGUAAUCACUAAGUGGUGGCAAUAUAUAUUGGCAUAGUAUAGUACACAGCACAGAAAAUAAUCUUGAAAUCAUUAGCCAUAGAAAGAAAUUAGAAUUCUUCAGGGCCUUUUGUUGCUGUUAAUGUAAAAUGAAAAACAGAAGGAAAAGAAUGUUUGAAUGAGAAAAUGUGCAGCAGAACUCUAGCAAAUACCAGUUUGUGAGUGUUUAGCCUGAUGGAGUAUGUCUGUUUAAGAAAAGCUCACAUUCCCAGAACAAAGAAUUCUAAAUUAAAUAUGUUGCAUUUCUCUCCGUA